AUGUCCGUGCCAGAAUCACGCAUAUUACGCGGCAUCCCUUAUGUCACCGGCGCCGCCUCAGCCACACUGCUGUCAGCUGAUCUUGAACUAAGUUUCUGGGGCGGCGUUGACCCAAAGACGGGUGAGAUCAUUGAUCGGUUCCAUCCGCUGAGCGGUUGUUGGCUCAAAGAUACCAUAUUGGCAAUACCUGGAGGCAGAGGAUCAUGCGGCGGCAGCGUCAUCGUGAUGGAGCUGAUUCUGAAUGGCUUGGGGCCUAAGGCACUUAUCUUCCAGCGUAGCGAGGAGAUCAUCACACUCGGAGUUAUGAUUUUCGUCAAGUUAUGGACUGGAACGGGAAGACCGUUCACGUCCUGGGGGGGGGGGGGGGGGCAAGUCUCGGAUGCCCCCUUGAAUGACAGUUUGGCCAAUAAAGCUGUAGAGCCUGCUAUCGACAUCAAUACCCUCAAAACCCGACUUAGUGAUACCGAUCAAGCAAUGCUAGAUGGAGCCAACGGCGAAGCGGCUAGAAUCUCGCUGAAAAUCAUUGUCCGAAUGGCCCAUAUGAUGGGAGCCCCAGAGCUGAUGGAUGUCAGCCAGGCUCAUGCAGAUGCUGCCUGGUAUGGCCCAGGUUCGGUUGCUUUUGGACAAAGACUUCGUGCCUCGGGUGACCGAUUCCUAGUCCCUACGACUAUCAAUUCUCUGAAUAUCGAUCAAAAACGCUGGCGGGCUCUCGGGGUGAACGCAGAGUUUGGAUCAGCUUGUGAUGAGUUAGCUAAGGCCUUUGUCGAUAUGGGUGGCAAGAUUUCAUUCACCUGCGCGCCAUACUUACUUGAGACUGCCCCUAAGCUCGGUGAUCCAAUCGCUUGGGGUGAGUCCAAUGCCGUUAUCUACGCAAACAGUGUGCUUGGCGCGAGGACACUCAACAACCCUAAUAUGUUGGAGGCUCUGAUUGCCUUGACUGGUCGUGCACCCAAGGCAGGGGUCUAUGUGGACGAAAAUCGCCUUGCCUCUGUCUGGCUCAGAGUAACACCCCCGAGAGGGAUCGAUGACUCCUUCUGGCCUAUUUUGGGCUACGCUCUCGGGGCCAUUGCAAUGACUCGCAUUCCAGUCAUCACUGGACUGGAAAAUCUGAAGCCGAGCAAUGACAACUUCAAGGCGUUCUCGGCCGCAUUUGCUACAUCUUCCAGUGCUCCCAUGUUCCACAUGGUCAACCCAACUCCAGAAGCUCCCACCUUCGAGACAGUGUGCCCGCAUGGUGUGAUCCCCGAAGCUUUUGAUGUGGACUGGAAGCAUCUCGAAGCAAUCUGGGAUGAGUUCAAUCAUGGCUCUAAGCCGCGAGAAAUCGACCUCAUCUCGUUUGGCAAUCCGCACUUCUCUUUCCAGGAAAUCAAAGAGGUGUCAAAGCUGUGCCAAGGAAGAACCAAGAAAGGUGAUGUUGCCGUGGUAGUCACCUGUGGUCGUGCUCAAUAUGGUCUUGCCUCGCAGGCGGGUUACACUGAGGAGCUUGAGAAGUUCGGGAUCCAAUUCCUCCAAGACACUUGCUGGUGCUCUAUUGAGGAACCUAUAUUCACUACGGGCCUGGAUUAA